UGUGGCCCUAAAAAGAAAAAAAAUAAUGUUUGCAUGCCAGUCCCACCCCUGCCUUCCAAACCUGGAGGUGGGGUGUAUUGUUUGUAAUCCUGGAGGUUCCUGAUGUUCUCAGGAGGGAGGGAGGCCCUGCGUUUUCUCUGCAUGGGACUUGGAGAGUUAGAAACUCCUAACUGAAAGUAUUUGGAGAACGUGAACCUGGGGAGCAUGGGUUGUGGGUGGGGGAGCCACACGCGAGUGCUCACCCACCACAAAGGGUGACCUGUGGAGCCUUCUGAGGAGCCUCUUGAAAUGUGACUCAGAUCUGCCCACCCCCAGGGCACAGAUGGAGGAAAGACGUUUGUCCAUUGGCCCGUGGCCCCUGGGGCUUAAGCUAGCACUCUGGUGGCACAUGCUUUGGUGCCCAGUGGGCUCCCCCAGGCCUCUCCCCCACCUCGAUGCUAGUUCAGGGAUGAUGCUUUCUGUCAGGUCACACCUGCUCAAAGCUGGACGGGAGGCCUCUGAGAUACUCUGCUACGUGACAUGGCCUAGGAUGUUUAUACUGAAUGCUUUUUGCUUGUCUGCUUCAGGGCAUCGUCCAGGGGAUGGGGUUGGGCCAGAGUUAAGGCCUGUCCCAGCAGGCGCUGAGUUCUCAGGUCACCCUGUGACCCUGGGCAAGGUCUCAAGCAUCUCAGUUUGCUCACUAAUAAGAGUGUACUAAUGAGACUUCUCAUUCAUUUACUUAACAAAUAUUUCCUAAGCACCGACUGCCAGGUUUAAGGUUCCAUCAGUGAACAGAUUAGAGAAGAAGCUCUGCCCUGAAGGAGCUGAUGUUCUCAUGGAGGAGAGUGAAAAUGGUUGGGGGUUUCUUUCUCGGGGUAAAAUAAAUGCAUAAAGAGAAGGAUGGUAAGGAGAUGGAGUGCUUGGGAUUUGGAGUGCCAUUUUAGAUUGAACAGAAACGUCAAGGAAGGCCUUUGGGAGGGUGUGUUUGAGCAGAGGUCAGACUGAAGCGAGGCAGCCAUGGGGAUAUCCAGCUGUGCCAGGCUUGGUCACCCCAGGGCCUUUGCACUUACUAUUCCCUCUGCCAGGGUUGUUUUCUUCUCAAGUUCCAUAUAGCUCACUCCUUCCCCUUUAGGUUUUUGCUCAGAUGUCAACUCGGGAAGUUCCUGCUGUGGCUCAAAGGGAUCAGUGGUGUCUUAGGAGUACUGGGAUGUGGGUUCAUUCGCUCCCGAGCCUGGCACAGUUGCUUAAGGAUCUGGUGUUGCUGCACCUGCGACUUAGGUUGCACCUGCAACUUGGGUCUGAUCCCUGGCAUGCUGGGCGGGGGAAAUAGUUAGCUUAGCAUGGCUUUCUGUGGGGUCUAAGGUUGGCACAUAAAGAAAAGUUCUGGAGUUCCCUCGGUGGCGCAGUGGCUAACGAAUCCGACUAGGAACCAUGAGGUUGUGGGUUCGGUCCCUGGCCUUGCUCAGUGGGUUAACGAUCCGGCGUUGCCAUGAGCUGUGGUGUAGGUUGCAGACGCAGCUUGGAUCCCGCGUUGCUGUGGCUCUGGCGUAGCGUAGGCCGGUGGCUACAGCUCCGAUUAGACCCCUAGCCUGGGAACCUCCAUAUGCCGUGGGAGCGGCCCAAGAAAUAGCAAAAAAAAAGACAAAAAACAAAAACAAAAAAAAAAAGAGAAGUUCUAAAAUAGUCCCAAGAGAUGCUUGGAAAUCUCUCUCUCUUGCUCUCUCUCUCUCUUUUUUUUUUUUUUCAGGGUCACACCUGCGGCAUGCGGAGGUUCCUAGGCUAGGGGUCUAAUCUGAGCUGUAGCCGAUGGCCUACACCACAGCCACAGCAACAGGGGAUCCAAGCCGUGUCUGCAAUUUACACCACAGCUUACGGCAACACAGAUCUUUAACCCACUGAGUGAGGCCAGGGAUUGAAACCUCAUGGUUCCCAGUCAGAUUCAUUAACCACUGAGCCACAACGGGAAUUUCAGGAAUCUCUUAAAGUAAGGGAUUCACAUGCAAACGGGAACGAAUUCACAUGAACCACUAUCACGCUUGGCACAAACCCUCAAUAAAAACUUUUUUUUUUUUUUCUUUCUUUCUGGUUUUGUUUUUGGUUUUUGGGUUUUUGUUUGUUUGUCUUUUUAGGGCCAUACCCAUGGUAUAUGGAAGUUCCCAGGCUGGGGGUUGAAUCAGCCAUUGCAGCUGGCCUGUGCCGCAGCCACUGCAACACCAGAUCCAAGCUGCAUCCAUGAACUUCACUGCAGCUUGAGGCAACGCCAGAUCUUUAACCCACUGAACAAGGCCAGGGGGAAUCGAACCUGCAUUCUCAUGGAUACUAGUUGGGUUCCUGGCCUGCUGAGCCACAAUGGGGACUCCAAAGGCUGGUUGUCUUUAGGAUCUUAAAAAUUUUUGAAGUAUCUCAGACCUGGAAUCUGUUACUUCCCCAGUCGUUAUCCAGGGCAGGAAUUUGCCUUUUUCCACAGCUAGUGGCUGUCCAAAUUCCAUUUAAUAUUUCCUAUGGUGGGAGGUCCACUACUCUACCUACCCCUGUUACAGGGCCUAAUUUACUUCCCAGUAAGGUCCAUGAAGUCUGGCUGUAUGUUUGUUAGAACCUGUUAGGAGAAUGUGGAGGGAAGACCUUAAAUGUCAACCUUGGAAUCUUAGAGGCCUGAGGUACUGGGAAGCCAUGGAAGAAUCUAUGCUCAAGAGGAAUAUGGUCAGGUUUGUGCUUAGACCUCAUAUUAAUUAAAAAGAAAGACCUCAUUGGAGUUCCCGUCAUGGCUCAGUGGUUAACGAGUCUGACUAGGAACCAUGAGGUUGUGGGUUCGAUCCCUGGCCUCACUCAGUGAGUUAAGGAUCUGGUGUUGCUGUGAGCCGUGGUGUAGGUUGCAGAUGAGAUUUGGAUCCCUCGUUGCUGUAGCUGUGGCGUAGGCCGGCAGCUACAGCUCCGAUUCGACCCCUAGCCUGGGAAUCUCCAUACACCACAGGUGUGGCCCUAAAAACAAAAGAAAAGAAAAAAAAAGCAGACCAAAAUGGGGCAAGGAUAGAGGAGUCAUGGGGGGGCUAUGGGAAUUCACCGAAGAUGCCCAACCUCCUUGGCGAGUGUUAGGGAAGGCCUCCUACAGGAAGUGAAAUCUGAAAGGUGAGAACAGAAUUAAACAGAGGAGCAAGUGGAAAGAAUACUUCAAGUAAAGGGAAAACCAGAGGUCCUUCCGUGGCUCGGCUAUUAAUGAACCUGACUACGAUCCAAAAGGAUACAGAUUCCAUCCCUGGCCUCUUUCAGUGGGUGAAGAAUCUGGCAUUGCUGCUGAAGAGUUUUAACUAGAAAAACGACACCCCCCCCCCCCCCGCCAGCUGAAAAGGCAGCUACAUGCCUAUCAGCAGCCUUGCUGGCUGCAUAUCACCCUUGUAAAUUUGUAGCAACUACGUGCCUUGUGUCCUAGUUGCUUAUCAGGUUCGCUUUUGUGACCUUGCUUGCUCAGUUUCUUAGGCAGAAACACUGCUCAGAGAAGGGGGAGGGCUUGGGGCUACUUGCGUGGGAAAACCGUGAGACCUGGAGGUCUAUUGUACAAAAGUUAUCUAAUCAAGACCUGGUGCUCAGACUCUGGAGGGACUCAUCUGAGCCCGCACCUGCACCAAAUAAACCUUGCUAUUCCGCAUCUCCAAGUGCCCUUUGUCUCUUUCCGCUGCCACGGUUUCUGCAACAUUUUCUGGUGCAUUGGCUGGGAAGCCAACAACCGAGUUGGCCCCUUGUGCCACCGUUGUUGGGAACCGGGGAGGGCCGCGGUCACCGGCCUGCUGACAGGCGGAUACCGUGUGCCCGGCCGUUUUGCCGGACCCUAACUCUCACUGGGCCGUACCCUCCCGGCUCAUGCCGCUUCCCGAAUGGGCUCAGAAGAGUGGAAACGGGUUCCAGGACAGGACGUCAGACUGUGACAGGAAUAGAUGCCUGGGUCCAUCACUCCAGAGCUAAACCGGCUGGCCGAAGUGACGACUGUGGGGAAUGGGAAGCUGCCCUUGAUCCGGAGAAACCUCUACGCCUGACAAUACAGAGGGAGAGACAACCAUCUCGAAGCCCUGCUCCGACCACCCCAGAAGCUGGCACACGUGCUGGAGCCUCACAACCUCAUCUAGACGAUCGGUCGUGUACACGCCCCAGCAGCGGACGCACCCUCACAGAAUCUUAAAAUCAUUAUCCAGCCUUGCACUCAAGCUUAACCCCCAAGCCCACCCUAUCCUCAGCCCCUAGGCUCCCCUGGAGCCGGCGGCUGCCCGAAGGGGCGGGGCUGUCCUCUCAGAUAUAAGGCCCCUGAGCCAGCAGCUGCGGCUCCCAAGACCUCCGGAAGGCCAUGGUCGCCUCGCAGAUGCCCCAGCUCCUGUCCCCGACGGUGAUCCUGGCUCUCUUUUUCCUUCCCCAGGCACAGCUGGCCGGUGUCUUCGAGCUGCAGAUCCACUCUUUCGGGCCGGGACCGGGCCCCGGGGCCCCUCGGUCCCCCUGCAAGGCCGGGGGCCCCUGCCGCCUCUUCUUCAGGGUCUGCCUGAAGCCGGGGAUCUCCGAGGAGGCCGCCGAGUCUCCGUGCACUCUGGGCGCGGCGCUGAGUGCGCGCGGACAGAUCUACACUGCGCAGCCUGGAGCUACAGCGCCUGACCUGCCGCUGCCGGAUGGUCUCAUGCGUGUACCCUUCCGGGACGCCUGGCCGGGCACCUUCUCGCUUAUCAUUGAAACCUGGAGAGAGGAGUUAGGAGAACAGAUUGGAGGGCCCACCUGGAGCCUGCUGGCGCGGGUGGCCGGUCGGCGUCGCCUGGCGGCCGGGGGCCCGUGGGCGCGGGACGUGCAACGCGCAGGAGCCUGGGAGCUGCGUUUCUCCUACCGCGCGCGCUGCGAGCCGCCGGCCAUCGGGGCCGCGUGCGCGCGCUUCUGCGGCUCGCGCAGCGCCACCUCGCGCUGCGGCCCGGGACUGCGCCCCUGCGCGCCGGUUGAGGACGAGUGCGAGGCACCGCUGACGACAUGUCGAGCAGGCUGCAGCCCAGAGCACGGCUUCUGUGAGCAGCCCGAUGAAUGUCGAUGCCUGGACGGCUGGACUGGGCCUCUCUGCACAGUCCCCGUCUCCACCAGCAGCUGCCUCAGCCCCAGGGGCCCAUCCUCGGCCACCACUGGAUGCCUCGUACCCGGGCCUGGGCCCUGUGAUGGGAACCCGUGUGCCAACGGGGGCAGCUGUAGUGAGACACUGGGGUCCUUCGAAUGCACCUGUCCCCGUGGGUUCUACGGGCUGCGGUGUGAGGUGAGCGGGGUGACGUGUGCGGAUGGACCUUGCUUCAAUGGCGGCUUGUGUGUGGGAGGCGCAGACCCAGACUCUGCCUACAUUUGCCACUGCCCACCUGGUUUCCAAGGCUCCAACUGUGAGAAGAGGGUGGACCGCUGCAGUCUGCAGCCAUGCCGGAAUGGCGGGCUCUGCCUGGACCUGGGCCACGCUCUGCGCUGCCGCUGCCGCGCCGGCUUCGCGGGGCCGCGCUGCGAGCACGACCUGGAUGACUGCGCCGGCCGCGCCUGCGCCAACGGCGGCACCUGCCUGGAGGGCGGCGGCGCGCGCCGCUGCUCCUGCGCGCUGGGCUUCGGCGGCCGCGACUGCCGCGAGCGCGCCGACCCUUGCGCCGCGCGCCCCUGCGCCCACGGCGGCCGCUGCUACGCGCACUUCUCCGGCCUCGUAUGCGCCUGCGCGCCCGGCUACAUGGGAGCGCGGUGCGAGUUCCCGGUUCACCCCGACGGCGCGGACGGCAGCGCGGGCGCGUUGCCCGCGGCCUCGCCGGGUCUGAGGCACGGGGACCCACAGCGCUUUCUUCUGCCCCCGGCUUUGGGACUGCUGGUGGCCGCGGGCUUGGCCGGCGCUGCGCUCUUGCUGGUUCACGUGAGACGGCGUGGCCCUGGGCGAGAUACUGGGUCUCGCUUGCUGGCGGGGACCCCGGAACCAUCGGUCCAUGCGCUCCCUGAUGCACUCAACAACAUGAGGACCCAGGAGGGUUCCGAGGAUGGGCCAAGCCCGUCCUCAGAUUGGAAUCACGCCGAAGACGGAGACUCUUGUUCAGUUUAUGUCAUAUCUGCUCCUUCCAUCUACGCUCGGGAGGCUUAACCUGCCCCUUCUCCAUCAGCACUUGGAGAUGGAACCUGGAUAUUUUUGUAUUCUCCGCUUCAGACAUUUUGGCGUUCAAGGUGGAAGGGGUGACUGGGAGAAUUUUACCUCCGGAAGUUGUACGUAGUAAUGGUUAUUUAUAUCCUUUUUUCCUCUCCCUGUCUUUCCUGAGACAUCUAUAAAGGCUCUUAUUUUGAUCA